AUGAGUGUCAUCCUCACCACUGCGCUUUCCGGCAUUUGUUCACGAACCAUUCAGCACCCUGACUCGCAAGUCAAUCGCCUCUGUAUCACUCCUGAUAAACGAUUCCUUGCCGCUGCCGGACACAACAAUGUGAAACUGUUCGAUAUCAAGUCGACAAACCCCAACCCGGUGAUGACCUUUGAAGGUCACACAGGCAAUAUCACGGGGGUCGCAUUCCAUUGUGAAGGCAAGUGGAUGGUCACCAGCUCCGAGGAUGGAACUGUCAAAGUUUGGGAUACUCGUACUGGCGCUCUCCAACGCAACUAUCAGCACAAAACGGCAGUCAAUGACGUUGUGAUCCAUCCGAACCAGGGUGAGCUCAUCAGCGGCGAUCGUGCUGGCAUGGUCCGCGUUUGGGACCUGGGUGAGAGUAUCUGCACCCAUCAGUUGAUCCCAGAGGACGACACUGCUGUUCUGAGUGUAAGCGUAGCCAGCGAUGGAUCGCUGCUCUGUGCGGGAAAUAAGAAGGGUAAUGUCUACAUCUGGCGCAUGGUCCAGACCGAAGAUGCCACACGAAUUAUUCCUAUCUGCACGUUUCAGGCACACAAAGAUUACCUCACUCGCGUCCUACUCUCCCCCGAUGUCAAGCACCUAGCCACUUGCUCUGCUGAUCACACAGCCAAGGUGUGGAACCUGGACCCGGAAUACACUCCCGCCAAGGUCGCCAUCAAGGAAUGGACCGACAAACAAGCCGAGAAGGCUACUACGGAUGAAAAGAAUGAGCCCACCCCGGAGGCUGUCCAGGCGCAACAAGGGGCAGAGCUGAUGAAUCAAGCCCGUGAUUUGCUGCGUAUCUUCGAUACUCCCAUGCAAGACCGCGAAUUGCUUCGCAUUUCAGACAACGCUCCUCGUACCGAGACCCCACAACAAACUUUCACCCCCCAGCCUGAUGGCCCACCCAUGGACCCUGCAACCGGCACCCUCUUUCUGGAGACGACCCUCGCCAAUCACCAGCGUUGGGUCUGGGACUGUGCUUUUUCUGCCGACUCCGCAUAUCUUGUCACCGUUUCAAGUGAUCACUAUGCCCGCCUGUGGGAACUCAGCACUGGCAACAUCAUCCGCCAGUACAGUGGCCACCACCGUGGCUCAGUUUGUGUUGCACUGAACGACUACUCUGAGCCCCGCUAA